GUUGCGAAUCAACAAGUUUUGCUGGAAACGGGCGGAGGAGGUCUGGAUGGCGUUGGAGAGGUCCGUCAAGGAGAGAUGAAGAAGCAGAAAAACGGAAGCAGCAACAAGUUGCUGCUGAGCCAGGCGUUGCUGCCGGCAAAAGGCGAUGGACAAGCACGAACAGCAGCACCCGCUGCUGCCGCUACUGCUGUCGCUGCAGGAGCAGCUGACUGCGGUACUCCCGCUUGCACCUCCCUGCUCCAGCAGCAGCAGCAGCAACUCGAACAGCAGGAACAAAAGCAGAAAAUAGGGCGACCCGAAAAGCAAGGGCACAACGGUGAUGGUGGCGAGGGGGCGAUCGCGCUGGUAACGAGGGGCUGUGUACCGGGACCGAUGAGCUCGAUCGAGGGUAUCCUUGAAAACAUGUCGUGCGGCAGCACGAUCCGCUCGGCCGGCACGGAGUGGAGGCUAACCCGCGCCGUCGUGCACCUAGAGGACGCCUGGAAGGGCAGGGUCAGCCCCUGCCCGCCGCUGGAGAAGAUCGAUCCCGCCACGCGGGCGCUGUUCAAGAUGAGGUGGAAGUACCAGAGCCUGGAGUUCCUGGUGGUUCACCUGCUGCUCCUCUUGUCGUUGGUGGAGACGCCCGCGUGGUGCACUACGAACGGCAGGUGCUUCUGGAGCUGCUACCCGGACUUCUCGAGGAACUACCACAUGUCCCAGGUCACCGCCACGCUGAUCGAGGGACUGUUGCUUGUGGUGCUCUCGGUCAUCGCUCUCGUGGAUGUGAAAACGUGCGGGCGCGACUACUGGGUGGGCUCCCGAAGCGGCCGGUACCAGUCGAUGUGGUGCAAGCACGGGACCAUCGCGUCGUACGCGGCGCUCUUCCUCCUGGCGGUGCUGGUGGACUACCGCGCACACCUGGUGUGCGAGUUCUGCCGCAUCCUCCUCUACCUGGCGAUGCACCGGCGAACCGUGUUGGUGGUCAUACAGCUCAGACAUAUCCUGGGCGCUGUGGCGGAGAUAUGGGUGCUGAUCCUGUUCAACAUCGGGCUGUUCGCUUGGGUGGGCGUGAUCCUCUUCUCUGGGACGGAGGAAGGGGGCGAGCAGUUCUCGGACCUGUGCGAGGCAAGCUGGCGCCUCUUCAUCCUCUUCACCACCACCAACUUCCCGACAAUCAUGAUGACGGCGCUCGACCAGGUUCGGGCGACGAUCGUCUUCUUCGCAUUCUUCGUGAUCCUCAACGUCUUUUUCCUGGCGCCGCUGUCUCUGGCGUUCAUCUUCAACGUGUUCCGCGGGGGUCAGUCCGGCAUCCCGCAGAUGGAAGAGGAGAUACGCCUCAGGAGUACCGCGGCGGCCUUCACCCUCCUGGACGACCGACAGUCUGGACAAGUCUCGAGCGCUAACAUGGGUGCCUUCCUGCUGGAGCUCCACUCCAUGCGAGGCGUCGCCAGCCGCGAGCUGUCAAGGCUGCAAGAGCUCAUCGACGAGGCCGGUGCAAGGACGCCGGAAGAGGCCCCGUCCCUCACCCUACAAGACUUCCAGGACGCCGUUGGUGUGAUGGAGCGCUCUCGGGAGCACGCGGAGUGGAUCACUGAGAUUCAGUGGUACUACCCUCAGCUAUACCAGUCCCACGGCUUCCGCCGGCUGACGAGGAUCGUCAAGCACAAGCGGGUGACUUUGUGGCCGGGCUUCUGCGGGACUCGUCAGUUUUCGAUGCUGGUGAUCGACGCGGUCGACACGUUUGUUCUGGCGAUAUCGUUCGUGGCUUUGUGCCUCGCCAAGUCUUUUUCAGCGUGGGAUUACGAUUCAGAGCGGUACGACUGGGUGCAGAUCAGCGUCGUGGCGAGCUUUUGCGUGACCGUCGGGCUACGUGCGGCGGCGAGGGGGUGGUACAACUGCCUCCAGAGUCCGACGUGGGCUUUCAGCGCUCUGGUGACCUUCUUCAGUGUGGUCGUCCUCGUCCUCGCACUCUUGGUUCCGGGGGCAGAGUGGGGCUGGAGGCUCCUGCGCGCCCUCCGCGUGACCCACAUGGCGCUCGCAAUAGCGUUCGUGCCCAGGAUGGCCUUCCUCAUCCGAACCCUCCUGACCAUGACCAAGCGGGCGGCCACACCCGCGAGCGUUCUGCUGGCUUGGUCCUUCUUCAUGGCGGUCCUCGGCACGCAGAUUUUCGGCGGCAAGGUAUGCGUGCCGGAACUGGCCGAGGACGACGAGAGCUGCCUCGGAACCACGGUCGUCUCCAACACCUACACGGACACGGGGCUCAUGUUGCUCAACUUCAACGAUGUUCCCACCUCGUUUCUGACGCUCCUCGUAUUGUUCGUUGUUAACGACUGGUACGUGAUCGUGGACGAGUUCGUGGACGUUACCGGCACGGGCUGGGCCCGCGCCUUCUUCAUCGUGAACUACAUCAUGGGCGUUGCCGUGAUCCUGAACCUUGUCGUUACGGUGAUCAUCAACUCCUUCUGGGACGAGUACAAGAACACGAACAAGCCUUCCCUCGCCCAGAGGCAGCUCCACGCUGACGCCGCCGCCUCGGCGCGCUACCGCCCGAACCCUUCGGGCCGCGGACCUGCGUCCCGCCCCCCCGCGGCCGGCGGCAGCGGCGACGGUUUCGGCGACGCUUGUCGCGAAGGCGCGGCAGUAGCGGCGGCGGCGGCGGCGACAGGGGAGAAUGGUGGGAGGGAUGACUCGGAACGGAGAGGCAUGUUGGCGGCGGGGGAGAGUAGAGAAGGAGCGGCGGACGGCGGUGGCGGCACCGGCACCGCCACCGCCACCGCCAGAAACACGCCUCACUUGCCGUCGGCGAGGGGGGAUUGGGGUUGGCAAGGAGUUUCUCUGGCGGACGAGGAGGAGGCGGUAGGUUCGAGCGAGCCGCCAAGCCGACGGGGGUCCAGGGAAGAGAGCGGGAACUUCCUGCACGGCGGCGCCGGCGGCGUUGCCAGCCAGCACCUGGUCCUGCCGAGUGGAGAAGAGGCGGGCAUGGACGCAGAGAGGAACGUCGCGAGGAGGGCGUCGAGGAAACGGUUGGACGUGAGCGGGAUCACGUAGUUUUCGUCAUGAUUUGUUCGUUGUGAAUGGUGGUUGUCGUCGUCGUUGUUGUUGCUGUUGUUGCCACCCCGGUUGUGUUCCCGCGAGUGUUGGUAAAGAGCGGAUAGGCCAAUUUGUGCGCGUUACAGGCUAUUUGUUGGUACAAGAGGGGAUUAGGAAGACGAGGGGAGUUUGUGUUGAUGAAGGGUCCUUGGUCCUCUCCUUCUCGCCAAGGGCGCUUCAGGUCAUUCUUGUCGAUACUGCUUGAUUUGUGUUGUGGUUAUUCGCUUAGGUCAACCCUAGGGCGUUUGUUCUAGUUUUUUUAGGCAUGAGUCAACGUUAUGAGAGGGAGGGAUGUGUGCACGGAAAAUGUGAAUACUUUCGGUGGGUGAGGUGCGAAGGCUUUGCGUUUCGGUUGUGUUCCGUUUGGUUCAAGGGGCUUUGGAGGCUUUCGUGUUGUCCUAAGGCGUUGGAUUAUACCGCUAGAACAGGGAGGCAUGGAGAGGGGCGUGCAGUAGAGUUUGCGGCCACCCAUGAGCCGUAUCCUUGGUGCUUUGUCAGUGAAACUGUCAAGUUUGCACGUCUUACUCUUUCCUUUUUGGAGGACGUGUUUGUUUUUAGUUCAGCUGUGCCCACCGAACUAAUGUGUGAGAUUGGAUGAAAACCACUAGCCUUUAGUCAUGGUAUCCUACCCAAGCACCUGUCUGAUGGGAGUAGAAAGCUAUGGUACAGACGAAGGAUUGUCUGGGGAUUCAAAGAAUUGAGAGAGACAGCCAAGAGAGCGAGCGAGUAGAGCGACAGGGACAAACCGAGUGCAGUCUAAGAAGGAGACAAAGAUAGUGGAAUCUAUGACAGUGUGUAGGAUUCUAGAGAAGACCACGAAUUUUCGUAGUUCUCGGGCCCACCUCCUAUUUAGAGAACGGAGUCAAAGCGGGUGAUGAACUUUAUGUUGGCAGCUUUUGGGGAUUGUUUGCACUGUCAUCUACACACGAAGAAUCUCCACAACGUAAGCGGCACACCU